CCAAUCAAAGACCACGAUGAUAAUUGCGCAGUCUGUAUGACGUAUUACGUAUGAACGAGGGCUCGGGUUACGGAAAUGAAGUGCCAAGCUCAGCGAAAACACUCUUAAUAUUAAUUGUCGUCCUCAAAUAGAGCUCUUUCAUAGGAAAACUUGCUGCUCAAAUGAAGAGGGCUUGCCUGGCGGACCAGUUGUGUCAUCCUUCCUUGCCAUGGCAGCGCCCUAUUUUCCCACAUUCCUCCUCCUCAUCUUUGUGUCCUCUGUAGCCUUGUUGCUGCUUACCCUUCUGCCAACUGUCGCUCCGUCCCUCCCUUUAACUACCUCUUCUUUAUCUUCACGUUGGCCAUCCUGCGGUCCUGGUCAGUCUUGGGCGGUCCGGAUCCACCACAGCCUGCAUCACCAAGAGGAGGAUGACAGAGAGGGCCCAGUGCACCUGGAUGUGAUAGCUGACAGGGUAGCAGAGCAGGCAGGGCUGCAGAACCAGGGCCAGAUUGGAGAGCUGGAAGGCCACUAUUUGCUUUGCUCAACACAACCUGACAUUGAAUCUUUGGGAGGCAUCUGGAGACGGAGCAUCCAACCAGGUGAUGUUCUAGCAACACACCCUCAUGUGCUGUGGUUCUCCAAGGAGAGAGUGCUCAGUCGCUCAAAGAGGUCAUUGGCCUUCAACGACCCCAACUACCCCAAACAGUGGCACCUGCAUAAUAAAUUGAACAGAGGCAUGGAUAUCAAUGUCACAGGAGUGUGGGAGCACAACAUCACUGGUCAGGGGGUCACUGUUGUGGUUGUGGAUGAUGGUGUGCAGCACACCCACCAGGACAUUCAGCUCAACUAUAGCCCAGAGGGCAGUUAUGACCUGAACUCCAAUGACCCAGACCCGAUGCCUCACCCGGACCUCCACAGUGACAACCAUCAUGGGACUCGAUGUGCUGGGGAGAUUGCAGCCGUUCCCAACAACAGCUUCUGUGCUGUGGGGGUGGCCUACGGCAGCAAGGUGGCAGGCAUCAGAGUCCUGGAUGGGCCCCUGACAGACAGCUUAGAGGCCAUAGCCUUUAACAAGCACUACCAAAUAAAUGACAUCUACAGCUGCAGUUGGGGACCAGAUGAUGAUGGGCACACUGUGGAUGGACCUCACCCCCUGGGCAAGGCCGCGCUGCAGCACGGGGUGAUUGCAGGUCGACGAGGCUUCGGGAGCAUCUUUGUGGUUGCCAGUGGUAACGGUGGUCAGUAUGAUGACAACUGCAACUAUGACGGCUAUGCUAACUCUAUCUACACCAUCACAAUAGGAGCGGUCGAUGAGAAAGGUAAGAAGCCGUUCUAUGCAGAGGAUUGUGCAUCCAUGCUGGCGGUCACUUUCAGCAGCGGGGGGGCCACAUCAAGGAGCAUUGUGACCUCAGAUUGGUCACUGCAAAAGGGGACAGGCUGCACAGAGGGCCACACUGGCACAUCUGCUGCAGCCCCCCUGGCAGCAGGAAUGGUGGCCCUCAUGCUGCAGGUGCGACCCUGCCUGACCUGGAGGGACGUCCAGCAUAUCAUCACCUUCACUGCCACCCAGUGUGACACCACUGCUGACUGGGGAGUCAACGGAGCAGGUUUUCAUCACAGCCACCAGCAUGGCUUUGGUCUGCUCAAUGCAUGGAGACUUGUUAAUGCCGCCAAGGUGUGGGAAUUGGUGCCUUUCCUCGUGUCCUAUCAGAGCUCUGUAAUAAAGGAGGAUACGUCCAUUUUGACUCAUUCGGACGUUCUGGUCCGUACCUGGAAUGUCUCUGCAGCUGACCUCAAACCAUCUGGGAUGCAAACGCUGGAGCAUGUGGCCGUUACCGUGACAAUAACCCACCCCUGCCGUGGGAACUUGGAGAUCGUGCUGUCAUGUCCCAAUGGCCUGAGAUCCGUCAUCGGGGCUCGCAGGGCCAUCGACAGAGAUCCUUCAGGUUAUCAGGACUGGACUUUCUCCACUGUGCGCUGCUGGGGGGAGAAAGCUGAAGGCCAGUACACCCUCAGGAUUUCUGACCGCAAGGAUUUAUCUAUCGAUCAGUGCGCCGCUGUGGGAGUGCUGAAGCAUUGGAAGCUCACACUGUACGGUUCAUCUAUGACUUACAGUGAAGUGAAGGAGAGACAAAAGCUGGUGGAGGAGGCUAUGAGUGGCAAACAUCUGGAAAGCAGCUUCUCUCUGCCCUGUCCUCCAGGCUUAGAUAUCCCUCCAGAGAUCGUCAGCCCCUUCACCUCCAAGAACCUGAAGUUCCUACUUUUGCUCGGAUGUUUCGCGCUCUUUUGGUCUCUCUACUACAUCUUGGAUGUCACGCUCGGUCACGUGCACCUCAGAGGCCUCAUGUGUCUGCCGAGGAGACGGAGCCGCCACAGAGCUAGCUACAUUAGCAAAGGGAGAGGAGUGGAGGAGGCGGCUGAAUACAGAGACGAAUACAAGGACCAGGAGGACCAGGACUCAGGGGUGGAACUGCAGGGUGUGCUGGACUCCGAGGUCAAAGUUUCCCUCAUCAGACAACAGCUAGAGACGUAACAACGAGCCUGAACUUUCUCCGUCUCAGUGGGGUUGUCUCAGGCUUUUUUCCGCUCUGAUUGCACUCAUCUCUUGCAGUGAUGGUACUCAAACACCAAACUGCAGAUAAAUCAAUUGUGUCCCCCCCCCUAAAAAAAAAAAAAGUGGCCUUUUACAUCUGUUUCUUUGCUCUUCUUUCUAAACACAUGUCCUCACCAGGGCAGUAGGAACGUCUGUCGUGGGUUUUAACGUACUGUAGUUUAAACAUGGGUUUCAUUAACUGCAGGCGGCUUGUUAGGAUUUAACCUCCUAGUUUAAUGGCACCAGGUACAUGUUAGGAUGUGAAAGUUGCACCCAAAGAGAAAUUAAGUUUUCAGAUUUUGGCAGAAAUAACUGGAAUAAAAAGGAAAAAGGUUGUGUGCAAUAUUUAAGGUAAUGGAAGGUGUUUGUGUGUGCGCGUGUGUGCGAUGGGAGUGUUUGUACUUGUAACUUCCAGGGUCUUCCUUUUUAAAAAGUGGUUAUAUAAUACUACUUUUCACAGGGGUACACUUGUGUUUUUUUUUAAAGCUGAUCUAUUAUUUCAUCCUUCUGAUUUGUACAUAUGAAUAUUUUUUAUCUGUGGCUAACUGAGGAACAUCUGAUUAAAACUUGAAGUGGGAAUUUUCAAGUUUAGGACUUGCUUUUUGUAUUUUUUUAUAAAGUGUAAUCUAUCAAGGAUUUGUGCCUGCUGAACACAUUUGCUGUAUGACUGCAUCAUAGGGUUUUUACCAUCUUUACAGAAUGUAUUCAAUGCUGCUGGUGUUUUUAUAUAACUAUGAACACAUUUUUGGAGUGUAGCUGGAAGCUGUUUCGCUGUGCAAGUCAGUUUGUUUAAAUGAAAAUAAAUAAAACCUUGGUGGA